AUGGCAGACAGCAAGGUGAGCUCUGUGGCCGACGCUGGGAGCAGCGCUGCCAGCGACAAGACCAGUCUCCCGUCAUCGCCGCCACCGGCCAAUGCGGACGGAAAGGACGAAAAGGAUGACAUUGCUGCUUCUGCUACUACCAUAACGCCAGACGAGCAGGUACUGAUGGAGGCCGAGGAGAGGCGAGCACAGAAGGCCAAUGCGGUGGAAGAGCAGCGACGCAUGGCAGCACUGCGGCGCAAGCAGAAGAAGAAGGCCGAGACCAAGGCGGAGCGAGAGGAAAAGGCCAAGGAGCUGGACGAGCUGCUGCGGCAGAGCGCCGCGUUCAGCGACAUCCUGACGAAGAAGACGCAGGUGCUGGGCCGGGUGGGCUCCGGAUUCGACGGUAAGGCGCUGGGCGAGCACGACCUCAAGAUGGCGGCGCAGCCAAAGUGUCUGGUGGGCGGCACGAUGCGCGACUACCAGCUGGAGGGCCUGACGUGGAUGCUGGAGAUCUGCCUUCAGAACAUGAGUGGCAUUCUGGCGGACGAGAUGGGCCUCGGCAAGACGGUGCAAACGAUCUCGCUGAUCGCGCUGCUGCGGGAGCAGGAGCAGUACCUGGGGCCGCAUUUGAUCGUGGCGCCUCUGAGCACACUCUCGAACUGGGUCAAGGAGUUCAACAUGUGGACGCCCUCGAUUCCGGUGGUCAUGUACCACGGCACACCGCCACAGCGCAAGGCGCUCUUCAAGGACGAGAUCCAGAAGCACCUGCACAAAGGCCGGCCGACGGAGCAGUUCCCAGUCGUCUGCACCAGCUACGAGAUCAUUCUUCGUGACCGUGCCGAUCUCGCCAAGAUCAAUUGGGAGUUUAUCAUCAUUGACGAGGGCCAUCGGAUGAAGAACUUUGACUCCAAGCUGUUCCGUGAGCUGCAGACGUUUCGGUCGGCUACGCGGUUCCUGAUCACCGGGACACCGCUGCAGAACAACCUGAAGGAGCUCUGGUCGCUGCUCAACUUUCUGAUGCCCAAGAUCUUUACCGACUGGGAGGCCUUCUCGAGCUGGUUUGACUUUAGCGAGCUGCAGGAUGAAGAAGGGACGGCCGAGUUUGUGGAGGACCGGGCGAAGCAGGCGCUGGUCAAGAAGAUCCACAUGGUGCUACAGCCAUUGUUGCUGCGACGCGUCAAGGCGGACGUGGCCAGCUACCUGCCGAAGAAGCGCGAGUACAUCCUGUAUGCGCCGAUGACCAAGGAGCAAACGGACCUGUACAACGCGAUCAGUGACAAGACGGUCGACACGCGAAGCUACCUGGAAAACAUGGUGGUGGAGCGGCUGACCAGCUCCGAGGCCAGCACGCCAGCGCGACGGUCACGGCCGGUGGAGGCAAAGCCGAUCUCGGUGGCGAUCCGAAGCAGCUCACGGGCGAAGAAGAUGGAACGGGUGGAAGAGGUGGUGAUUCCGACCAGCAAGCCGAAGAAUGCGUUUGCGAUGUUGAUGGGUAAGACGGCGAAAGGAAAGCCAGCUACAAGUAUGGCGGCUGCUGUGACGCCGGCCAAGAGCGCGAAGCGAAAGGUGUCGCCGGCUUUGGCCACGGAGGUGUCGCUGCCAAAGAGCGCCAAGUCCAGCCGACACUCGACGCCGACGACGCCUGCACGCGGGAGGUCUCGCAGCAGCCGACGGACGACGUACCUCGAGGUGGACGCGUCGGACGAGGACAAGAUGUCGGACGCCGAAUUUGAAGCGGCGCUGCUAGACGAGCUGCUCUCGGUUCCGGACGGCGAAGAUCGGGGACUAGCGCUGUCGGAAGGGGAAAUAGAACGGGCACAGACACUGGAGGUGGCGAAGCGGGAGAUUGGCAACAAGAAGCUGGGCAACCCGCUGAUGCAGCUGCGGCUGGUGUGCAACAGCCCGCACAACUUUUACAAUCCCUGGCUGGCGGGCGAGGAGGCCGAGGCGGACCAACCGAUCGACGAGAGCAUCGUGACAGCAUCGGGCAAGAUGUUGCUGCUAGACCGACUGCUGCCGUCGCUGUUCGAGCGAGGCCACAAGGUGCUGAUCUUCUCGCAGUUCAAGACGCAGCUGGAUCUGCUAGAGGCGUACUGUGCGGAGCUGCGGGGGUGGGCAGUCUGCCGGAUUGACGGGUCGGUGGCGCACGCAGACCGGCAGUCGCAGAUUGAGCUGUUCAACGCGGACGCAGCGCACCGGCUCUUUCUGCUGUCGACGCGGGCGGGCGGCCAGGGCAUCAAUCUGGCGAGCGCGGACACGGUGAUUCUGUUUGACAGCGACUGGAACCCACAGCAGGACCUGCAGGCGCAAGACCGGGCGCACCGGAUCGGACAGACGCGACCGGUGGUGGUGUACCGACUAGCAACCAAGGGCACGGUGGAGGAGGAGCUGCUGCUGAGCGCGGACGCCAAGCGGCGGCUCGAGAAGCUGGUCAUCAAGAAGGGCGGCUUCCGGACGAUGGACCAGAAGAUGGCGGACGGCGGGGACGGGUUGACGGCAGCCGACCUGGAUGCCGACGCGCUUAAGGCGCUGCUGCUCAAGGACGGCCAGGUAUACGAGUUCGCAGGCGACCGAGAGGUGCUGAGCGACCGGGACCUGGACGUGCUGUGCGACCGCAGCGACGAGGCCUAUGCCCAAGCAGCCAGCGGCCAAGGCGAUGCCGACGCCUUCCGGGUGAUCGAGACAGGCGCCGACGGCAUCACGGAGUCGUUCAAGAAGCAAUGA